ACGACGCACACCUCUUUAUGUUAGCUCCGCGUAAUCGCCGCUGUUUUUCUUUUUUUGUAAACCGACAAGGUAAAAAUUUAGCUUAAUUAAUAGCUAACACCGAGUGCAAUCAAUUAUCAAUAAUUGAAUCGACUGUUUUCCUUAUUGUUCCUGUCGUACUUAAAAAUGUAGUUUUUCUAAUAUUUGACAAGUGCGACUACCAAAUUAUCGUUGCGCCGCGCAGGCAACACGUUAUCUCGUUCUUCGGUCAGCGGCUCGUGACCUUCGCUCACUAAUUAUGCCACCCAAAAUAAACAACCAUUUAUCAAAUGUGAAAAAUAAUAAACAAGAUUAAAACACCAACAUUAUACAGCCUGCUCGCCUAGCAGAAAUACAAAACUCUGAAAUGAAUAAUUCAGGCCACAGCCUCCAACACAACAUUACGAACAGCCCUGGAAACGGCAACUGGACUACUCAAGUAAAUAAAAGAAACCAUUCAAGCUCAUCAUCAGGUUCUUCCACCUCCAAACCUUCUUCCUCUAAUAAUGCACAACCAAAAACAAAAAAACUGUCAUUCUCAACACGUAAUCGCUAUGAACCACUUACGAUCGCCGAACCUAUCGACACGGUUUUUGAUACAGACAUGGUAUCCGAAGAUCCAGACAUCACGGUCCGUGCCAAACCACCUCCCCUGAUUUUUAUGAAAGGAAUAAACGACUUUCCUGGCUUCUGUACAACUUUAAUUGAGUUGAUAGGAGUUGAUAACUUCAUUUGCAAAGCCACCACAGACCGCUAAUAAAUUCAGACCGCCAAUCCCGAAUCUUAUAGACUUCUAAUACAUUAUUUAAAGGAACAUAACGCCAAAUACCACACAUACCAGCUCACUGAAGACAAACCUACGAGGAUAGUCAUCCGUAAUCUGCACCCUACUACGCCAAUUGAACUGAUAAAAUCUGAACUCGAGACACGCCUCUUCGAAGUCAGGCAAGUCACGAACGUCCUUCACAAGACUAGCAAGCACCCACUCCCACUGUUCUUCGUUGAUUUAGAACCCACCGAUCACUCUAAUCAAAUCUACCAAUUAUCUUCCCUUCUGCACACAAAAAUUAAGGUUGAAGAACCAUACAAGCCUAAGUUAAUUAGCCAAUGUCAAAAUUGCCAAGAUUACGGCCACACCCGGGCGUAUUGUGGUUACUC